GAUGAAAUGGUGAAGGAUGCCUGGUUUGAAGCGAGCGUCAACCAUAGCUAAUCACCAGCAACAGUUUGCUCCCAAAAAUGUUUACAAAAAUAAGGAGGAGUUUCCAGUUGCCAUGCCUCCUUCUACAGCCUCGCAUCCUAGUUCCCUACAUUUCCUGCAGACGAGCAAUGUCCUACAGAAGUUCAAAGGACUCUGUUUCAUCCUGUGGCUGUUUUUAUGCUUCCUUGAUGAACGGGAGAUUGGUGGAAAGGUCCUGGCUUCGUCACCACAUAAAGCCUACACAACUGACGUGACAUUUGACCCCAAAACAGCACAUCCAGAUCUUGCUGUGUCUCAAAACAAGAAGAAAGUGGAAUCCAUACCUAGACCCGAACAUGUGCCUGACAACCCAGAGAGGUUCAACAGUACUCCCUGUUUGCUGGGUUCUCCAGGAUUCACUUCAGGGAAACAUUACUGGGAGGUGGUGUAUGGAGUCCAGAGGGAAUGGGCAGCAGGGGUGGCCAGGGAGUCUGUGAGAAGGAAGGGUAAUAUCCUCCUUGUUCCCGAGCAAGGGAUCUGGCAACGGGGUCUGUGGUGGUUAAGGCAGAUGGAAACUGACUCACGCAGGCCUGGAAAGAUGGGGGUCUUCCUGGAUUAUGACCAGGAUAGUAUGAUUUUUUAUCUUGAAAACAAAGUCAUUAAAGUCAGAACCUCUUUCAAUGGGGAGAGAGUUUUUCCCUUCUUCUAUGUGGGGUCAACUGUUUCACUCAGUUUAAAUCCUUGAGUCAUGCUUGAAGCUACGGGCUCAGGCGGGGGCGGGAGUUUCCCUCGAACUCCAUGCAACUGCACAGUUAAGAGUUUGACCGUCCCUUUGAUACUUGGAGGACCAUCCCGUCCCCCCCUCUGCCCGCCCCAACCUCCCACCUUUCAAAUUACAGACCUAGAGGACUCCUUUGCAUUCCAUUUUGUGCUUCUUUCCUUGCACAAGUCAUGCUAAGAUUGAAGACAAGGCUGUGCUUUGCCAGAGAACUGAAUUUGGUGCAAAAAUGGGAAUUGUGGCUGGUUUAACCAGUGGGACAAGAAGGUUGAGUGUGUAAACGAUAGGCAACAAAAGUCUCUGUUAUACCACCAUCAGCUCUUUAAAAUAUUAUCUGUUUCCAGCCUGGGGUGAUCAUGCAAAAGACAGCAAGGCUCUUCAGUAGCUUAAAAUUUUUAGAGGCCUCAUGCAUCCAAAAAUGUGUUCUCUAAUACAGAAUUACAUUCCUAUAAAUUAUAGAGUUUUUACUUAAACUCAGCCUGAGGGAAAGGGCAGAGGGAACAUUAGGAGUGAUGAAA